CCACUUGGCUGGGCACACUGGGCCUUGAUCCAGGAAGCUAGGGAAGCGUGGCUCGGACUGCCACCACUUAGAGAAGCCAACGUUAAAUGCAAUGAGUCUAUUCUGAAAUCCAGCUCUAGGAACUGUGAGCUCUUUUAGGAGGUGGGGCGGUGCUGGUGGUACUUUCGGCCUCCGAACGCGAGAGGGCGUUGUGCUCCCCGUGUGGCCUCUUGGGCACUUGGAGUUCACUGAGCAAGCGCACUCAGGGCUCUUCCUUCGUCCCCACGUGUGUAACUUCCCGGCAACGUUUUCAAGUAAAAUGCCCAAAUUCAAGGCGGCCCGCGGGGCCGGGAGCCAGGAAAAGCAUGCGCCCUUGGCCGAGCAAAUCUUGGCUGGGGACGCGGUUCGGGCAGGGGCCCGGGAAAAGCGGCGCGGUCGCGGAACCGGAGAAGAGGAGGAAGAGUACGUUGGGCCGCGGCUGACCCGACGGAUUUUGCAGCAAGCGCGGCAGCAGCAGGAAGAGCUCGAGGCCGAGCAUGGGACUGCGGACAGGCCUGCGGCGCCGCGGGAGCGCACUACGCGGCUGGGUCCAGGAAUGCCACAGGAUGGAUCAGAUGACGAGGAGUGGCCCACCCUGGAGAAAGCUGCCACAAUGACAGGGCCAGACUACCAUGCAGAGGUGGCUGUGGACCCUGAGGAUGAGCGUGCCAUUGAGAUAUUCAUGAACAAGAACCCUCCUGCCAGGCGCACCCUGGCUGACAUCAUCAUGGAGAAGCUGACUGAGAAGCAGACGGAGGUCGAGACGGUCAUGUCUGAGGUGUCAGGCUUCCCUCUGCCCCAGCUGGACCCCCGGGUCCUGGAGGUCUACCGAGGGGUCCGGGAGGUGUUGUCCAAGUACCGCAGUGGGAAACUGCCCAAGGCGUUUAAGAUCAUCCCUGCCCUGUCCAACUGGGAGCAAAUCCUCUACGUCACAGAGCCCGAGGCCUGGACCGCAGCUGCCAUGUACCAAGCCACGAGGAUUUUCGCCUCUAACCUAAAGGAACGUAUGGCCCAGCGCUUCUACAACCUGGUGCUUCUCCCCCGGGUGCGAGACGACAUUGCUGAAUACAAACGACUCAACUUCCACCUCUACAUGGCCCUCAAGAAGGCUCUGUUCAAGCCUGGAGCCUGGUUUAAAGGGAUCCUGAUCCCGCUGUGCGAGUCGGGCACCUGUACCCUCCGGGAAGCCAUCAUCGUAGGUAGCAUCAUCACCAAAUGCUCCAUCCCGGUGCUGCAUUCCAGCGCAGCCAUGCUGAAGAUUGCAGAGAUGGAGUACAGCGGUGCCAACAGCAUCUUCCUGCGGCUGCUACUGGAUAAGAAGUACGCGCUGCCCUACCGGGUGCUGGACGCCCUGGUCUUCCACUUCCUAGGCUUCCGAACGGAGAAGCGUGAGCUGCCCGUGCUUUGGCACCAGUGCCUCCUGACUUUGGUCCAGCGCUAUAAGGCAGACCUGGCCACGGAGCAGAAAGAGGCCCUCCUGGAACUGCUCCGGCUGCAGCCCCAUCCCCAACUGUCUCCAGAGAUCAGGCGUGAGCUUCAGAGUGCCGUCCCUCGAGAUGUAGAAGAUGUUCCUGCCACCAUGGAGUGAGGAAGUGACACUUGUCCUCGUCUGAGGGGUGGGCAUGGGAGGACACCAGGAUUCCUGUUGGUGACUAAAAGUGACACUGAGCCUUUCCAGCUGAAGACCCAGUUGAGGGCUGUGAGAGGUCACGGGCAUCUGACUCUCCAGCACCUGUCAGGGAGGCCCAAGUCUGGCUGGCUCCUCCUUCCAUUCUGGGCCUGCAUCCCUGCUCAGUUCUGGGAUCUGACUUGAGAUGCCACACCCUAGCACUCCCAGGUCCCAGCUGGGGGUUGGAAUAGGUACUUUUUCUCAGGCUUUUGUCACUCGGUCACUGGAAUGUGGAUAAAAACAAAAGGUGGGUAUUUAUUGAACUUCAGUGUUUUGAUGUGAUGGAUGGAGAUCUUUCUGCUUGCCCUCUAUAGCUGGAGGUGGGCACUACUGCCUUGCUCUGUGUAGGAGUAGAUUCUUAAGCGAUUUACAUGGGAUCCCCACCCUUCUUAUUCUGCAAGUUUGUUUCUCUAAGCGGGACCUUUCCUCUGCAUUCCCCUGACACAGGCUACUUUGCAAGAAUGCCAGCAGUCAAGAGAUUGUUCAAGGUAGUCUCAGCUGUGGAUGGAAGAGCUAGGAGAAGGCCCCCAGAGGAAAGUGGAGAUAGAAGCCUGAAAGGUUAGGCCCAGGAAUGACUGGAUCCAGGGUCACCACCAGACCAGUUCCCUUUCUAAGUUUCUUAGCUAAUGAAAGUUUUAGCCCGGGGGUUGGCAGAUGAGGGUCAAAUGUCCCUUUCCUUAUGGCCUGUGAGCUAAGAAUGAUUUUUAUAUUUUUAAAUGGUUGGGGAAAUUGAACAGUAUUUUGUGAUAGGUGAAAAUUAUAUGAAAUUCAGAUUUUAGUGUCCAUAAAGUUUUAUUAGGACACAGCCACGCCCCCACCCCCACCCCCGUUUACAUGUUUUCUGUGGCCACUCUGAUGUUAACAGCAGCAGAGGUGGGUACAAUCUGGCUAGAACCUUUGUUGUUUGGGAAGAAUUUGAUCAUAAGGCAAAUUUCACGUUUAAAAGAUUUGGGGGGGUAAUUAGGUUUAUCUAUUUAUUUACUUUUGGUGGAGGUACCAGGACUUCAUGCACUUUACCACUGAGCUAUAUACCCCCUGCCCAAAUUUCACAUUUAUAUGCAGUUUUGUCUUUGAGAAACACUAGAUGAGAGCAGGAGACUGUACCCCGCUGAGCCAAGCCAGAGAACACACAAAAUGCAGGUACCUCCAACAAGUACCAGUUAUUCGUUCACCUUGUGGGUUGGGAGCCACACCCACAUCUGGCAUUACAACCCACCUCCCACAUCCUUCCGACCUCUGCUUCCACAAGCAAACUUCAGGUGUUUGUUUUUCAAGAUGAAGGGCCAUAUUUAUUGUAGUAUGUGUUUCUUAACCAUUUAAUAUGUACAAAUGGCUAUCCUCUUUCUUUUAAAAAAAAUGUGUCACUCAUUAA